UGCAAUUGUAACUGUUGUUUAUGUUAAAAUGCAUAAUAAUAGUAAUAGGUCUACAGUUUGAUAUUAAGUAUUUAAAUUAACGGAGGUAAAAAUCGUCAAAAAAAGCGUGACAUCAUUUAUAGAUGACCCCUGAUUGAUUAGGACAAAUAAAUUCAAGAAAAAAAAACUGCAAUGUUGAGUGGUAUUGUACACUGAGGAUUAUAAAAGGCCUAGUGAUAAAAAGACAACAUUCCCUCAGGGGCAAAUUUCAGAAAUGUCCUCAAUUGUGCCUUUUAAUCCUAACAACAUGCAAGCUGUUCCAAUGUCUCAGAAAGACUUCCUAAACUUACAAGCUUUCUUUGCUGCUGCUAUUCAAGAUCCCCAAAUGGCAGCUGCCAUUGCUCAAAUUCAAAUGACUGGUGGUAAAAUAAUUGGUAAUCAAUUCAUAUUGGAGCAGAAAGUUCUAUCAGAUAAAGCUAACAGCAUCCUCUUCCCCCACCUAGAAGCCAGAAAUGUUGUGCAAAUUAAAAAAGACUUAAAAGAAAAAGUUGAAACCUCAAAAUUAAAAUGUCUCUUAAAAACAGAUAAAGAUUUUUUAAAAGGCUGGAAUAAUAAUCAGUUGUCUUUAGAUGAAAUAGAUCCUAGUUGUGAUUUGAACAUCAUGAUGGUUUGUGUACUUAUGGGGUAUCAUAAGCUUGGCUCACAACUGUUGGAAAAAGGUGCUUCAAUUAAUUUCAGUAACAAACAAGGAUUAACCCCUCUCAUGUAUGCUUGUAUUUUAGUGGAUGAAGAUUUUGUUGAAGAUUUGCUUAAAAAAGAUGCUGAUGUGUUAUGUUUAGAUGUGUGGGGUAUGAGCGCUCUUAUGCAUGGAAUAUUAUCAAACACCUCAAGAAUUGUCAAACUUUUGCUCGAGAAAGAAGCCAAUAUACAUGUGACUACUCCCGAUGGCAGUGAUGCACUUCAAAUAGCAGCUAGUAAAGGACAGCAUGAAAUAGUAGAAAUGCUCAUAGAGAAAGCAGCAAACUUAGAUUCUCAAGAUCUGAAUGGAUGGACACCAUUAAUGAAAGCGGCUUUGAAUAACCAUUUUCAAGUUGUUGAAAUUCUGUGUAAAAAAGGGGCUGAUGUAAAUAUUGAGAACUGUCAGGGGAAUACAGCCAUCCACAUAUGUGCUGAUAAUAAUCGCCCUGAUUGUUUAAAAUUUUUAAUUAAACAUAAGGCUGAUUUACAUUGUCAAAAUAAACUUGGUACUACCCCUCUUAUGUUUGCUUCUAGAAAAGGGGACUAUAAAAUUGUAGAAAAAAUUUUGAAAGCUUCUAAAGCUUCAAUAAAUAUAGUUGACAUUGCUGGACGCACAGCUUUAUUUUUUGCCGCACUAAAUGGUAACCACUACACAAUUUCACAGUUGAUUAAAGCUGAUGCAGAUGCCAAGCUAGCAGAUAAGAGUGGUUGCACACCCCUAAUGUGUGCAUCUUUAAAUGGCCACCAAAAAGCUUUAGAACUACUUUUGGACAACUUUGAAAUUAUACCACAAGAACAUCUCAGAGCUUUGUUCAUAGCUGUUACUAAAAAUCAUGAACAUGUUGUAAAAGCAUUGCUGGCAAAGUUAAAAGACCCCAAGACUGGUAAGAUUUCACUCAAUUAUCCAUGGAGAAUGAUUGAUCCUUUUACUCCUAUUCUACACUAUGCAGUUAACAAUAAAAAUAAAGAUAUUGUUAAGUGGCUGAUUAAUGCUGAUGAGAGUAUCGAUGCCCGAGAUAAUCUUGGUAUGACAGCUUUGCUUAUUAGUGUAAUCCAUGGACACAUGGACAUCACACAUUUUUUGCUUGAACAUGGAGCGGAUGUUAAUUUGUCGGAUAACAAUGGUGAUACACCAUUAAUCAUAGCUGCUAAUUCUGGGCGCACUGAGUUUGUUAAACUGUUGCUUGAAAAAGGAGCAUCAAAGAUAAAAAGCAACAUGCAAGGAAGAACAGCUUUAAUGGAGGCAGCAUGCUUUGGGGAUUUAAAACUCUUCAAACUUUUAUAUGAUUCUGAUAGUAAACUGGACACGGUGGAAACUGAAGGAUGGACUGCAUUAAUGUUAGCUGCGCAAUUUGGACAUAAUGAAAUAAUGAAGUUUCUCUUAGAGAGAGGUGCAUCUCAUUCAAAGAUAUCAAGAGUAGGUGCAACAGCUUUAAUUAUAGCUGCAGGAAAUGGUAAACUUGCGGCAGUCAAAGAGUUAAUAAAAUUCAAGGCGUCAGUUGAUGAAAGUGAUUUAAAUGGUUUGACGCCACUGUUACUAGCUGCAGCAAGAGGGUACAAGGAUAUAGUAGACAUCUUAAUAAAAAAUGGAGCUUGUGUUAAUGCACAGGAAAACACUGCUCUAAGUACACCUCUACUGUGUAGUGUGCAACGUGGAGACACUUCAAUGGUUGAGAGCCUUCUUAAGGCUAAAGCUGAGGUUAAUAUAGUUAACAAAGAUGGAUAUAGCCCAUUACAUAUUGCAUGCAUGGGAGGACACCAGAAAAUUGUCCGGAUGUUGGUUGAAGCACAAGCAGAAAUUGACAAGAGAGACUCACUUAACAGAACCCCACUGAUGUAUGCAGCUUUUAAAGGAGAUACAGAUAUUGUGCAGUAUCUGUUAGAGAAGAAAGCUGAUAAUACACUUUUAGAUUCGCUAGGCUGGACACCUCUUAUGCUGUGUGCUCAGGGGGGAUUGACUGCAUGCAUGGAAAUAUUUCUAAAAGACAAAGUUAACACUGAAGCUAAAGAAUCUGUAGGUGGUCACACUGCUUUAGGAAUUUGUGUUGCCAAUCGCCACAGAGAUGCUGUCUGUCUUUUACUUUCAAACGGUGCCGAUCCAAACACAACAAAUAAACUAGGACAAACUCCUUUAAUGUUAAGUUCUAUAAGAGGGCAGUUGGAGAUUGUUAAAAGUCUGCUUAACAAUCAAAAUCCCAGACCUGAUUUAAAUAUACGAGAACCUGGUCAGAAUAAAACAGCGCUUAUAUAUGCUGUAGAAACCAACAAUGUUGCCGUUGUGAAAGCUCUGCUUGAAGCUGGUGCAGAUGCCAAUAUCAAAACGAAAUCCAGUCAAACAGCUCUUCAUAUAAGUGCCAAGUACGGGAAUAAAGAUGUGGUUCUGGCAUUAAUAGAAAAGGGAGCAAAUCUUGAAAUAGUGGAUGCAAAUGGGAACACACCACUUCUAGUGUAUGCCUCUUGUUCCUCUUACAGGGUUAUGAAAGCUCUUCUUGAUUGUGGAGCCAAUGCCGCCCAUAAAAAUAAUGAUGAUGAUACCGCUCUCAUGAUCAGCAUUCAAAAUAAAUGCUUUAAAGCUGUCAGGCUGCUGUUAGGUGAAACUCAGCCUACUGAGGAAGAGAAAUUAAUUUUAACUACAUUAGCAAAAAAAUCUGGGAGUAAGGAAAUCGAAGAAAUUAUCAGAGAUUUCAAGAAACCUGAAGAUGGUGAAUCUACUGCUUUUUGUAACACUUCAGAAGUUUUUGAAGAAAGUCAAAAUACAGAUGACAUUAAUGUUAAUAAGUGUGGGCCAGUAAAUGAACCGCCAGUUAAAAUGGAAUCGGUACAAAACCUGUAUUUAACAUCCAACAGCCCUACCUUUGAUUUCUCUUGCGCAAACAUUCAAAAUUUGAUCAUAAAUAAUAACAACAAGUCAAUUGUGGAGAAGACUAAUAAAGUGUCCAUCAAUGAGGGAGGCAGCAACAUAACAAACACAAACACAGUGGAACAAGCAAAGAAUGUGGCUAUAAACAACAGCAGCAUCCUUGAUAACACACUUCCCAAUAAUAAUACUUCAUGUGAUGCUACAAGCGGUGAAUAGUUCUUAAUAUUGGGGUAUACCCGGGAUUUGAAGACAUUUAGGGCUCAAACUAUAACGUUUAAUCAUUAAUAAGGUUGAUAUUUUAACUGAUCAGCUGUUUCUGUAAUACAUACAGCCUGUUGAGAGCAGGUAAAUAUUAACAGAAGAAUGCAAUUAAUAUUAAUAAAUCUUAGUAGUAGUAUUAUUUAUUCCAACAUAUUUUUGUUACACUUGUCUCUUUUAUGGUGUGACCUUCAUUUAAAGUGUUAUAUUUUGGCUAUUACAUGCUGAAAAACAUUUCAA